CCUCUUCUCUUCCUCUUCCCAUUCUCAAUUCCAAAUGUCUUGCCUUCAUUUCUUUCCUGCUUUGUGAUAAAAGAGUUUGUAAGGAUCAAUUCACCUAUGUCUGGCGAGGUUUCUUCGUCGUCCGCUUUUAUGGAUGGCCUCGACGACGUGGAGGACUACGUUCGGGCAAAUGAAGGAGGUGGACCGGUGCAAUGGGAUAGUUUUAAUCAUAUUUUUGACCUUGUACAGAAUGGAAACAAAGCAUUUCGAGACAACCGUUUUGAAGAGGCAAUCAAUUGUUACUCAAAAGCCAAUAACAUUAAACCAGGUGAUCCUAUUAUCCUUGGGAACCGAAGUGCUGCUUAUAUCAGGAUUAGCCAAUUCCUGAAACACAGAUCACCAUCAGCUUCUGAAUAUAGACCAUUGAAUGGGAUGGAUCCUACAAUACAUGCCGAGCUUGCUUUGAAAGAUGCUGAAAAGCUGAAUAAUCUCCGAAGUAAUUUAGUAAAGUCAUACAUUCUAAAGGCCAAUGCACUGAUAUUGCUGGAGAAGUAUGAGACUGCCCGGGAUGUCAUUCUUUCAGGUCUUCAGGUUGAUCCUUUUAGCAAUUCUCUUCGUGCUUCACUUCAGAAUUUGGAGAGGAUGUCAACAAGUUUACUUGGGAGGAGAAACUAUGUGACACCAGAACGGACUGAUGAAUUUGAUUGCACGCUUUGCCUGAAGUUACUAUAUGAACCCAUUACCACUCCGUGUGGGCAUUCUUUUUGCCGUUCAUGUCUGUUUCAGUCCAUGGAUCGUAGUAACAAAUGCCCAUUGUGCCGAACUGUUCUUUUUGUCAGUCCCAGAACAUGUGCGAUCAGUGUGACACUUAACAACAUUAUACAAAAGAACUUCCCGGAGGAAUAUGCUGAAAGGAAGUCAGAGCAUGACAGUUUGACAAACCUUGGUGUUGAUUUGAUGCCUCUUUUUGUCAUGGAUGUCGUCAUUCCAGGUCAAAAGUUCCCACUCCACAUUUUUGAACCCCGGUACCGGCUUAUGGUGAGGAGAAUAAUGGAAGGAAACCAUCGGAUGGGAAUGGUUAUCAAUGAUUCUACAACAGGUUCCAUAGCUGAUUUUGCUUGUGAAGUAGAGAUUACUGAAUGUGAGCCACUUCCAGAUGGACGAUUCUAUCUAGAGGUUGAAAGUCGACGAAGAUUUCGCAUAAUCCGCUCUUGGGAUCAAGAUGGUUAUCGUGUUGCAAAGGUUGAAUGGGUGCAGGAUAUCUAUCCAGCUGAAGGAACAAGAGAAAGAGAAGAGUUGCAGGAAUUAACAAAUAAUGCAGCAGAGUAUGCUCAAUCAUGGAUAAGGAGUGCAAUUAAUGCACCACGGCAAGAUUCGAGAAGACUUGAAAGACUCUGUAACUUAGAAGCCAUGAUGCCUGCACCACAAGAUCCAGAGCGCUUCAGUUUCUGGCUUACUACCCUGGCAAACCGGAGGCCUCAAGAAAGAUUAGAUCUCCUGCGCAUAAGAGAUACGAGAGAGAGGAUCAGACGCGGAUUGAUAUACCUGCGAGCGGAAGAACAGAGCUGUCGAGUACAGUGAGGAAAGUUGUAAUAAGAGUCAAUGUUUUGUAACUGUGAUUGUUACCAUUUGAUUAUAUUCGUAUACAAACGAUUCAAUAUUCUUUCUUUUUCUUUUCCUUUUUUAUUUUUUUGAUAAGUAACAAGCGAUUUGAUAUUCUUUGGUCCACAUGCUAAAGAUUGUGGAUCUCGGUUGUUCCAUGUUGUAACAGAUAGAUAAAAAACUCAAAUUCAAUAAAUAUUGACCACUUAUUUUCUACC